GCGCCGGCGGCGUCCGGCGGCGCGCUCGCCCUCGGCGCGUCGACCGGGGCGUCUGGCGGGCUUUUCGGCUCGGCGGCGUCGGCGGCGACGACGGCUUCGAGCGGCCUCUUUGGCGCGGCGCCGUCCUCCUCCGGCGCCGCCGCCGCCUCGAGCGGCGGCUUCAGCUUCGGCGCCGCCGCGCCCGCGAGCUCCGCCGGCGCCGCCGCGACCGGCGCCGCGACCGCGCCGGCGUCGACAACCGCGGGUGGGCUCUUCGGCUCCGCACCCGCGUCGUCGGCGCCCGCGGGCGGUCUCUUCGGCUCAGCCGCCGCCGCGUCGUCGACACCCGCGGCGGCGUCGUCGGGAGGGUUCAGCUUCGGCGCCGCGAGCGCCCCCGCGACGGGCGCUGCGGCGGGCGACGCGACCAAGCCGGCGGGGGCGUCGACUCCGGCGUCCGUCGGCGGUUUGUUUGGCGGCGCCGGGACGGCGGCGGGGACGACUGCGGGGACGGCUGCGGGUUCCGCCCCCGCGUCCUCCUCGGCGGCGGGCGGGCUCUUCGGCUCCGCCGCCGCGACGACCACGGCCGCCGCGGGUGCCUCGGCGGGAACUUCCUUGGCGCAAGGAACUUCCUUGGCGCAAGGAACUUCCUUGGCGGGAACUUCCUUGGCGGAUUCGAAGGACGCCAACGCGGACCUCGCGGCGGACAAGCCGUCGCAGCUCACCACCAAGGUGGGACUCAGCGCCCACCUGCAGGCGCUCGCGCGCAUGCCGAGCACCCUGGUUCCCGAGCGCGAGCUGAUGGCCAUCGCCAAGGCGUACAACGCGGAUCCCAACAAUCCGGAUUUUCGAUUCCGGCACUUUUUUCACAACGUGACGGAGCCCCACCACCGCGUCAGGCCCCCCGGCGUGGACGAGCUCAAGUGGCGAAACCUGCUCGAGGACGUCGGCGGCGAGCACAACGCGGCCGGCCUGUGGCCCGUUCCCGGCGACGGGUUCAAGUGCCUCGCCGAGCGAGCCGCCGUGCAGGACGCCGAGCUCGCCAACCAGCGAGAGUACCUCAAGGCUGUGCAGGACCGAGCGAGGGAUAUCGAACGGUUCAGGGGCGCGCAGCUCGCCGAGAGGGUGCAGCGCGUCGCGAAGACGCACGCGGAGCUGUCGCACCGGCUCCUGCGCGUGAUGCGGAAGCUGGAGGGCGCCGAGGGCGAGUACCACGCGCAGCAAGGGGGCGGGGGCUCGGAGCUCGCGUCUGGGAAGGGCGGGUCCUAUCCCUACCCCAGGUCGGCGCCGGCGCAGGAGGGACUCAACGAGCACGAGCGCGAGCUCGCCGCUCGCCUGCGCAAGCUGCAGGGCGCCCUCGGUAAGAGCGCCAACUCCCUGCCGCGCAGGGUGGACGCCAUCGCCGCGGCGCAACGGGCGGAGAAGGCGGCGGACGCGGCGGAUGGAGCCAGGCGGAGACCCGCGGUUGGAUCUGCGUUUUCGGAUGAAAACGGGGGCCUCCAAGUCGCCAACAGGUCGCCCGGGGAGGCGAUCGUCGGAACCCCGAAGGACUCCCUGGGCAUUAGGGGAGACGGGAUCGACGACGGGACGCACGCGGCGCCGGUGGACGAGGCUGCGGCGCAGGCGUUUGACAAGAUCAUCGCGGAGCAGCAGGAGGCGACUAGGCACCUCGCCGAAAUUUUGCGCAACGACAUGCGAGACAUCGCGGUUCUGCAGCGAGAGCGCGGAGAGGAAGUCGCCAAGGCUGCGAAGGGGAGGAAGUUUUACCAGUCGUAUUGGUGA